AUGGGAGAAGUUGUAGGGAAUGAACAAUUAAGAGUGUUUUGAAAUCAACUGCUCCCAUGAUAUCUAGAAAAUGUAGAAGUGCCUACUGCAAUUUAUUCAACUAUGAUUCCUAUGUUGAAGCUAAAAUCAGCAAGAAAAGUAGCAGAAACAGGGUGUGGCUCUGGAAAUGGAAUUGAAGUUUUGAGACUUUAUCUUCCACAAGAUGCAGAAAUUUUUGCAAAUGAUCUUGCAGAAGAGAUGGUUAAUGUUGUUCAAAGUAGAAAUUUCCUGAACACUCAUUGUAUUGCAUGCAGUAAUGAUGAGCUGCCAUAUGAAGAUAAUAGUUUUGAUCGAUAUGUCUCAAAUGUGUCAUUGCAGAUUGUCCCAGACCCAGAAAAAAUGUUAUCAGAAGCUUAUAGAAUUUUAGCACCCGGAGGAAUUGCUGCAUUUUCUGUGUGGGGAAGACAAGAGAAUAGCUCUUUUCACACAGUUUUAAGCGAUGCUAUUGAAGAAGCCAUGGGGCCUAGUCAAGACCAUAAAAGAUCAAAUUUUCAUUUAAACGACCCUUUAAGGUUGAAAGCUUUAAUAAAAGCUGCAGGAUUUAGUAAGGUAUUAACAUAUUUUACCCUAGCACCUUGUGGAUAUAGAACAGUUGAAGAAGCCAUGGAAUCAUACUUAAGUCGACCUUCUGUCAAUAAAAUGAGAAGCGGUGAACAUUUCGAAUUAUUUUCACAGUGUUUGAGAAGAAAAAUUCAUGAAAUUCUUGUAGUAAAAGAAGAGACUAUUAGUUUUGAGUGCUUAGUGGCUGUUUCUUAUAAGUAA